GGAGGACUACAGGAGUCUGAGCAGCAGGUUAUAUCUCACACAGCGUCCAGACCAACAGGAGGAUGAACACCAUCAGCACCUCCACGGCCGAUUCCACCGACACAAGAGUAAGUGACUACGACCCACAGUCUCGGACUUGCAUGUCCUCAUCCGUGCGUCAUUUCGGCACCGUCGACUCUCUGUUCCACGACUUGACUUCCAGCAGCGACGGAGCAGUUUUCAAAGACUGCAGCUUGCUCGACGCUUCGGCCGCAGGAAAGCAGCUGUACGAGCCCGGAGGAGGAUAUGUGAAGUGUGACAGUGCACCGUGGGAAGACUUUGCAAAAGUUCAGAGGACCAACGAAAGUUUGCCAUGUGCGAGUUUAAGUUCGUUUAAGUUCAUCAAAGACGAGAAGGAGCCUUCUGUGAUUAUGGACACGCACUGUCACACCUUCGAUCCAUCAUCUUCAUCAUCAUCUUCAUCGGAGAUACUUGCUCUCGACACCUGUUGCGACCCCGAUAGGAAGGACGGGGAUUCGACGGGUUUCUCUCCGGCCGGGCCUCGACCCGGGCUGGACGGAUCUCCUAACUUCCUGCUGGAGAUGAACCAGUCGGAGCAGCUACCUGCGCUCAGCCAGGUGAGGACAGACUCCAGGUCGGGUCUGAUGAUGUAUAAGAGUGAAGUCCCUCGCUGGCAGACGGCUCCGGCUGAGCCUCAGUACUGGCGUCAGUCCGCAGGGAUGACCGACGACCUGUUCACCCACGGAGGCUACGAAGGGGUCCAGACCCAGGCCCUGACCCAGAGGAACCAGGCACCUUUCUCCACAUUCCCCGGUAUGCCACCUCAGAGGCUGUGUGUGAUCUGUGGUGAUGAGGCAUCUGGUUGCCACUAUGGAGUCUUAACCUGCGGGAGCUGCAAAGUCUUUUUUAAGAGAGCAGUUGAAGGCCAUCACAGCUAUCUCUGCGCUGGGCGAAAUGACUGCAUUGUGGACAAAAUUCGGCGAAAGAAUUGCCCCGCGUGUCGCCUCCGAAAGUGCUACCAAGCGGGAAUGAUGCUCGGAGGCAGGAAGCUGAAGCGUUUUGGGGCCUUGAAAUCCUUGGGUUUCACCCCGUCCCUGAUGUUCCAGUCCCACUUGGCCAUGUCCAGCGACAACCAGGCCUUGACCUCCAUGUCAAGCAUACCGGGUAUCCGUGAGGUGCAACUCUCCCAACAGAUCCUCAACAUCCUGGAAAACAUCGAACCGGAGACCUUGUACUCCGGUUAUGACAGCAGCCAGUCCGAGGGUCCGCAUAUUCUGCUCAACAGCCUCAACAGGCUGUGUGAGAAGCAGCUGCUGUGGAUCGUCAAGUGGUCAAAGUCCCUGCCAGGGUUUCGUAAUCUUCACAUCACUGAUCAGAUGACCCUCAUCCAGUACUCGUGGAUGAACCUGAUGGUGUUCUCUCUUGGGUGGCGCUCCUAUCAGAACGUCACCAGUGAAUAUUUAUACUUUGCACCUGAUCUGAUCCUUAGUCAGGAGCAAAUGAGGAGAUCUCCGAUUUACGACCUCUGCCUGGCGAUACAGUUCAUCCCCCAGGAGUUUUCAAAUCUCCAAGUGACGCGCGAGGAGUUUCUCUGCAUGAAAGCCAUAAUAUUACUCAACACAGUGCCUCUUGAGGGACUCAAAAGUCAGGCAGCAUUUGAAGACAUGAGACAAAACUACAUCCGGGAGCUGACCAUGGCCAUCCACAUGAGGGAGAAGGGCUUGGUGGCCAGCUCGCAGCGAUUCUACCACCUCACUAAACUGAUGGACGCCAUGCACGAUAUAGUGAAAAAGGUCAAUCUGUUCUGUCUGAGCACCUAUAUCCAGGCAGACGCCAUGAGAGUGGAGUUUCCAGAGAUGAUGUCAGAGGUGAUUGCCUCCCAGCUUCCCAAAGUCCUGGCGGGCAUGGUGAGGCCCCUGGUGUUCCACACCAAGUGACGAAGCCA